CUCAUCCUUUUUGGGCUCAGCAACCAGAUGGUGGUGACGUUCAAGGAGGAGAACACCAUCGCCUUCAAACAUCUCUUCUUGAAGGACUACGUAGACGGCGCGGACGAUUCCUACGCCGUCUACACGCAACGUGACCUCUACGACCGCGUGUUUUACGCCGUGGAGAAGUACUUGGCCAUUCCCAACGAGACCAUCGGUCGCUACGCCUACGUGCGAGGGGAGAGCGGAGGGAACCAGUCAGCCCUCGUGCUGUGUCAGCAAUACUACCGUAAAGGGCGCAUCGAUCCGGCCAACGACACCUUCAACAUCGACCCCAAAAUUGUUACGGACUGCCUGGGCGUCAACCCCGAGGACCCACAGCCUCUUCCCCCAGAGCUGGAUCGCAACUACAAGAAUUUCACCCUCAAAUUUCACAAACUCAUCAACGUCACCAUCCAGUUCAAGUUGAAAGCCAUCAACAUCCAAACCAUCAUCAACAACGAGAUCCCCGACUGCUACACCUUCACCAUCACCAUCACGUUCGACAACAAGGCGCACAGCGGCCGGGUAAAAAUCCACCUCGACAACCGGGCUGACAUCAAGGAGUGCAAAGAUCCCAGCGUUUUCGGCCGAGGUGACAACUCCUUCCGGCUCUUCUUUGACGUCGUCGUCAUCCUCGUCUGCUCGCUCUCCUUCAUCCUCUGCGCUCGUUCCAUCAUCCGGGGCCUGAUGCUGCAGCAUGAGUUCAGCCGGUUCUUCCAACGUCGUUACAACCAAAGCGUGUGCCUGUCGGAUCGCAUGGAAUUCCUCAACGGCUGGUACAUCCUCCUGGUCAUCAGCGAUGUCCUCACCGUCCUGGGAACCAUCAUGAAGAUUGGUAUCGAGUCCAAGAACUUUGCCAGCUACGACGUCUGCAGCAUCCUCCUGGGCACCUCCACGCUGCUGGUCUGGGUCGGAGUCAUUCGCUACCUCACCUUCUUCCAGAAAUACAACAUCCUCAUCGUCACGCUACGGGUGGCCCUCCCCAACGUCAUCCGCUUCUGCUGUUGCGUGGCCGUCAUCUAUCUGGGCUACUGCUUCUGCGGAUGGAUCGUGCUGGGCCCGUACCACGUCAAGUUCCGCUCCCUUUCCAUGGUGUCCGAGUGCCUCUUUUCCCUCAUCAACGGGGACGAUAUGUUCGUCACCUUCGCCGAGAUGCAACAGAACAGCUACUUGGUGUGGCUCUUCAGCCAGAUCUACCUGUACACCUUCAUCAGCCUCUUCAUCUACAUGGUCCUCAGCCUCUUCAUCGCCCUCAUCACCGGCUCCUACGAGACCAUCAAGCACCAGUGCGAAGGCGAAACGCCUGUCUCCCAGCUCCACGCCUACAUCGCCCAGUGCAAGGACAGCCCUAAAUCGGGCAAGUACCGUCGCGACAGCGCCUCGUCCUGCUCCGUCUUCUGCUGCUGCGAGCGGGCUCCUUUACAAGACAACGCGCUGCUGGUGAAUUGAGGGAGGACCCC